AUGACUCAUAUGAUUUCAACUCAACAUAAAAUUGAUUGGUAUAGUUGGAGUAUCAUGGAUAAAGACAAACAUCCAUAUAGAUUACUUGUAAAAGAAAGUCUAGCUAUAAAUGAAAAAUCACCUACAUUAAAUUUAACCACAAGAUCAGUGCCUUUAGUUAUACCUGGUUAUAAUAAUAAUACAGUUAAUACAUUACGUUUAUGGUCGGCAAAAGCUCGAGGAGAAUUUAAUUUUCAAUUAUUUAAUGCUGGUGAUUACAUUCGUGCUGUUGCUGAAGAAAGUUUAACAGAAAAUAUAACUCGAGUAUUAUAUCCAAAUGAUAAUUUUGAUAAAGGAAAAAUCCUUCGUUUAAAACAAGAAUAUUUUUUAGUAUCAGCAUCAUUACAAGAUAUUAUUCGACGUUUUAAAAAUUCAAAAUUAUUUUCAAAUACAAAUAACAAAAUUGAUUUUAAAUUGUUUCCUGAAAAAGUAGCUCUUCAAUUAAAUGAUACACAUCCAACUUUAACUAUUGCUGAAUUAAUGCGCUUAUUAAUUGACGAAGAAAAUCUUGAAUGGAAUCAAGCAUUUGAUAUAACAACAAAAUCUGUAGCUUAUACUAAUCAUACUCUAUUACCUGAAGCACUUGAACGAUGGCCAAUUGAAAUGUUUAAAAAUCUUUUACCACGGCAUUUUGAAAUUAUUACAGAUAUUAAUUCACAUCAUUUAGAUCUUGUGAGAAAAAAAUGGCCAGGUGAUGAAGAACGUGUUAAACGUAUGUCAAUUAUUCAAGAUGAACAACAAAUAGUCCACAUGGGUUAUUUAUCUGUAGUCGGUUCCCAUGUAGUUAAUGGUGUAGCUCAAUUACACAGUAAUUUACUUAAAUCUACAAUAUUUAAAGAUUUUUAUGAACUUAAUCCAGAAAAAUUUCAAAAUAAAACAAACGGUAUAACACCACGUCGUUGGUUACUUUCAUGUAAUCCAGAUUUGUCUGAACUUAUUGCAAGUAAAAUAGGUGAUGAUUGGAUUACAGAUUUAUCAGAAUUAUCAAAAUUACGUGAUUAUAUUGAUGAUGAACAAUUUAUCCGUGACCUUCAACAAGUCAAAUUUGAAAAUAAAAAACGUUUAGUUAAAGUCCUUGAAAAGGAUUUUAAGAUAAAAGCUAAUGCAGAUACAAUAUUUGAUGUACAAGUAAAACGUAUCCAUGAAUAUAAACGACAAUUAUUAAAUUGUCUUCAUAUUAUUACACUAUACAAUCGUAUUAAAGAUAAUCCAGAUAUUGACACUGUACCACGUACAGUUAUUUUUGGUGGAAAGGUUAGAAAAAAGGAAUAUGAAUUAGAUUAA